AUGUCUGAGACCCAAAACAUUCGGUGCAAUGGAGAGCAGGUAGAGGUUCAAGAACCGCUCACAAAGAAGAAAAGCCGGUUGAUGUUCUGGAAGAAGUAUGAACAAGGGGAGAAGAGUGACUGGUGGUUUGCCUCCACUGGAAUACCAUUACUGGCCGCGACUCUUGGUCCACUCGCAAACGUUUCAUCGCUUGUUGCCCUUGUCACUUCAUGGCGUAUGGACGUCUACAUCGACGGUCAAUUUGUGUCGGAGAUUGAAGGGAAGGCUUUCGCGGAUCCGAGAUGGUGCUAUUACUUCAACGUAGCCUCCCUCAUCUGCGGCUUCCUGGGGAACUUGUUUCUCCUCUUCAACUUUACCCAGCGGAUCCGAUACAUCAUCGCCCUACCAGCCACCAUCAUCCUCUGGUACCUCGCCACCGGCUUCCUCAUAGGCAUCACAGCAAGCAUGGAAAUCUAUGCCCCACCCGAUCGCCCCUACCAAACCUAUACCCAAGGCUUCUGGUACGCCAUCGCUGCAGCCUCAUUCUACCUUCUCUGCUCUAUGCUCCUUAUGAUCAACAUGCUCGGCUACUUCCUCGGCCAUUACCCUGAUAAUUUUGCACUAUCUGACUCCCAGCGCACACUCAUCCUACAAACAAUGGUGUUCUUCAUCUGGCUCGGCGGCGGCGCGGCAGUCUUCAUGAAGAUUGAAGACGACGCCGGGGAAGGCUGGGAGUACGCCGAUGCAUUGUACUUCUGCGAUGUGACCGUCCUCACGGUCGGUUUUGGAGACUUCUACCCUACGACCGAUCUCGGGAGGGGCAUCGUAUUUCCUUUCUCCGUCGGUGGCAUCAUCACACUGGCCUUGAUCGUGAGCUCGAUAUACAAGUUCAUGCGCGAGCUCGGCGAGGAAAAUAUCGUCAUGAAGCAUACCGAUCGCAUUCGGCAGAGGACUGCUGAGCGCACCGUAACCACCUCCUUCGACCUCCGUCAACGCGAACACGCUGAGCAUCACCUUAUUCGAAGGCGCUCAUUUACGAGAAGAGGACGUCCGAAGAUCAGUGCUCCUACGGAGCCGAGGGUAAUGCGGACGCCUAUGGGGGAGAGAGUGAAGAGGGCAACGUUUGGGCCACUGCCGAAUGCACUUACGCCCGGGAAGAAUAGGAAGCAGCGAUUGAUUCUAUUAAAAGAAGAAAGGGAUCGCUUUGAAGCGAUGCGUAAUAUUCAGCACAAGUCAAGGAAGUAUAGGCAGUGGCUGGCGUUGCUGUUUUCGACGUUUGCGUUUGGGAUUUUGUGGUGUAUUGGUGCCGUUGUGUUUUGGCAGGUAAGUCACAGCAAGACGUGA